AUGGUGAAUGGACAGCUUAAUUGGAUUUAUCAGCUUAUUUUAUCGGAGAACGAUGCUGUCCUGAUCCCUCCAAUCCCCAUGCCAUAUAGCCUCGGUCAACGUCUGCUUCCCCAUCACCUGUAUGUAUUGUCUCACGCUCGUCUCAGAUCUACAUCCACAUCCUGCCAUUUCAACAUAUUACCAAGCUGCUGUGAGUCUGACUAUAUGUCCAUGGAGCUUCCACCCUCUUUCAAGGGCCAUGUGGUGGCCCUGCCUUUCCCCACCCGAGGCCACGUCAACCCCUUGAUCCACCUCUGCAAAUUUCUCUCUUCAAGACGACCCACUGACGUUCUCAUCACCUUCGUCGUCACCCAAGAGUGGCUCGGCUUCAUCCAAUCUUACCCCAAGCCACGCACCAUUCGUUUCGCCACCAUUCCCAACGUCAUCCCCUUGGAUGCCCACAUCCUUGACGAUAAUGCUUCUUUCACCGAAGCCGUUGCCACCGAGAUGAGACCUGGGUUCGAGCAGCUUCUCGAUCAGCUUCAGCCGCCGGUUACCGCUAUCGUCUCUGAUGCUGAGUUGGCGUGGCCAGCCGCCGUGGCGAACCUUAGGAAUAUUCCGGUGGCCCUGUUAUGGACAAUGUCGGCGUCGUUCUUCGAAACUUUCCGUCAGCUGGAUAUCUUGACCCCCGCCCCUGACCGGCUUUUGUCGGUUCAUCUUUUGGAUGAGCAAGCUGAGCGCAUUGCGCAGCUCUGUUCGUCACAGCUCACCGAUCUGCGAAAGCUGCUUCGUGAAAGCGAUCUCAGGUUUUUGAAGAUUGCCCUGAAUUGCAUCCCCAGAUUAGCCAAAACUGAUUAUCUCCUCCUGAAUACGAUCCAAGAGCUAGAGGCCGAACAAAUAAAUUAUCUAAAAGCUAUACUCCCCUUUGGCGUCUAUCCCAUAGGCCCUGCCAUACCUUUUAUGGAACUCGAUUCAUCGACCAUUACCGUUGACCAUAUAAUAAAGUGGCUAGAUUCCCAGCCAAAUUUGUCGGUGUUGUACAUUUCUAUGGGUAGUUCGUUUUCCAUGUCUCGUCCGCAGAUGGAAGAGCUUGCUUCGGCUCUGAAAACCAGUGAGAUUCGUUUUCUGUGGGCGGGUCGUUCAGAUGCAGGGUGGCUUAAAGAGAAAUGCGGGGAUAAUGGAUUUCCUGUGUUUCUGGAUCAGUCUUCGAACUGCAGGCAUAUUGCAGAAGUGUGGAAGAAUGGGAGGAAGGUGGGUGGUGAGAGAUCAGAGGAUUUGGUAAGGAAAGAAGAAAUAUUGAAAGAGGUUAAGAUGGUGGUGGAUGUUGAGAAUGAGGAAUGGAAGAAGAUUAGAGAAAAAGCAAAAGAACUAAAGGUGUUAUUUCGCGGAGCGAUUGCCAAAGCAGGUUCGUCUGACAUGAACAUGGAUGCCUUUGUGAGAGACAUGUUUUAG